AUGGCAGUACUAGAUAUAAUAGAAGAAGCAGUGAUACGAUGGACUUUACGAUUUGUUUACACGGUUCAAGUGUCAUGCUAUGUUCUUAUUCUAUUAGUGUUGGUACCAUUUUUAGGUCUUUAUAUAAUCGAUGCAUGGUUAUAUAUGGUGCGUUUAACAAAAUAUUAUUAUAAACUUCGUCAAUAUAAUCAAAGACGAUAUCCUCUCGAAGAGAAAAUUGAACAAGAUGAGAGUAUAUCUAUGGUAGAAUCUCCCGUAAUCAGAAAGAAUCAAAAUACUCAAAGAAUAAUUAAAAGAAAAGAUAUGAGUAUGAAUAUACCGUUGAGUACAUCAUUACAAACGUUAAUGGAUAAGAUACAAGAAUAUUUAGUGGUAAGUCAUCAACAAGAUCAAAAACAAACAGAAUCGGUACUCAGAUCGCGGGACGACCUGAUAUAUAUAGUGUCGUCAAAUGAUUCUAUGACACACACAGAUAGUAAUGAACUUUCAAGAUUACACCGUAUGGUAUCAGCGUAA